UUUUGGAAGUAACUCAUUGGGGUAAAAGAUGUGGAAGGAAUAAGAAAUGCAACCUAAUGGUAACUCUCCAAUGUCUGUAAAUAACUCAAAUAGGAAACACAGGAGGAAAACCCGAUAUGUAACGGAAUAUGGCCAAUUUUGCUCUAAACAUCUGUAUUCAAUACUUGGAGGACAUUCUGGAAUUGGAGAUGUCCCAGAAGAAAUUGGAGAUCCUUUUUUGACAGAGGCUGAAAUUGGAGAGUCAUACAAAAUCCAGAAUGGAGAAAAGAGAGAUAAACAGUGCUUUUGGGGUAAAAUCCAGGUAUAGGUAUUUGGGCCAACUCUAUGUCAUCUAUACAUAUUAUCAUAUUAGAAUCAUUCUUCUCUUCACUCAGGCUCCUGACCUUGACCUCUUUCCAGGUGCAUUUAACUCCCUUUCCUCAGGUUCUCUAAGAGUUGCCUGACACUUGCCCAGGUCCCCUGAAUAAAAUACAGGUAAAUCAGUGCAUAAGAAGCUUUAUACAGUGAUCUCAGACUUGUGACCAAAAGCCCCUCUGCACCAUUGAUAGACAGUGGCCAUGCCCACCAGGAGGAUGGGCAAUCACACUGUGGUGAGCAUAUUCCUUCUGUGGGGAUUUUCCAGUUUUUCAGACCUGCAGAGUCUACUUUUUGUGGUGAUUCUCUUCUACCAUGUGACCAUCCUAGCUGCAAAUGUGUCCAUAAUGGGGGCCAUCAAGCUCAGCCACAACCUUCACACUCCUAUGUACUUUUUCCUCUGUGGCCUGUCCUUUUCAGAAACUUGUACCACUGUGGUAGUAAUCCCUCGCAUGUUGGUGGACUUGCUAUCAGAGAGCAAGACCAUUUCUCUUCCUGAGUGUGCCACACAGAUGUUUUUCUUUCUGGGCUUUGCAUCCAACAACUGUUUCAUCAUGGCCGCUAUGUCCUAUGACCGCUACACGGCCAUCCACAACCCACUGCAGUACCACACCCUUAUGACAAGAAAGAUCUGCUUGCAGAUGAUGAUGGCUUCUUGGAUGGUUGGGUUCCUGUUUUCUCUGUGCAUCAUCGUCACUGUAUUCAACUUGUCUUUUUGCGACUUGAACACUAUCCAGCACUAUUUCUGUGAUAUCUCACCAGUGGUCUCCCUUGCUUGUAAUUACACUUUCUAUCAUGAAAUGGCUAUUUUUGUGCUCUCUGCCUUUGUGUUGGUGGGCAGCUUUAUUUUAAUUAUGAUUUCCUAUGUCUUCAUUGUGUUCAUAGUCAUAAAGAUGCCCUCUGCAAAGGGGAGGUCUAAGGCCUUCUCAACUUGCUCCUCCCACCUCACUGUUGUGUCCAUACACUAUGGAUUUGCUUGCUUUGUCUAUUUGAGGCCCAAGAACAGCAACUCCUUCGAUGAAGACAUGCUGACGGCCAUGACAUAUACAAUACUGACGCCUCUGCUUAACCCCAUCGUGUACAGUCUGAGAAACAAAGAAAUGCAGAUAGCCCUAAGAAAAACACUAGGCAGUGUAUUUGGGGUUUUCCCUCAGAAGACAAAAAAAGAGCCUGAACAUUUAAAAAAAUUACAUAGCAUUGAUAAAUAAAGGUGAGAAAAGUGGAGUACUUCUAAUUAAUAUCGCUUUGUGCACAAAGUGGUUAAAGUAUUGUCUAAUUUCCUGAUAUGUCCUGGCCUCACCAUUUUCCUACUACAGAGAGGAUGCAGUUUUAAAAUGUUUUUAAAUGUUAUGUGUGUGUGUUUGUGUGUGUGUGCAUGUGUGUAUGUACACAUACCCAUUCAGGGUACAUAUUGCUUUGGAACACUGUAUUUUAAUGAUAGCAGUUGCUUUUUGGGAAGAAAGAAAAUUAUGAUACUAAAGACAGAAAGACAGCAAGGAAGAGAGAGAGAAUGUAAGGAAGGAAGGGAGGAAGGAAGGAAGGGAGGAAGGUAGGAAGGGAGGGAGGGAGGAAAGGAGGAAGGGAGGAAGGGAGGAAGGAAAAGAAAAAAAUCGAGUUGACUAGUAUAAUUAAUCCAAAAAGAGGGAGAAAGUACAAACACAAAAAGUUGAAAAUGAAAAUGAGGAUGUGAUUAAAAUAGAGAAAAUUAAAAGCAAUUUAAGAGAAUACUUUGUUCAAAUUUAUUCAAACAAAUUUGAAAAUUAGAAAAAAACAUGAAUGCGUUUAUGGAAAAAAUAAGCUUACAAAAUGACCCCAAAAGCAACAGACAUUUUUUGACAUACCAAUUUCCAUGGAAAUUUUUGAGAAAUCCAUCAAAGACAUGUUUUCCUGUUCUCUCCCACAAAGCAUUAGAGCAGAUAGUUUAAUAAUUAAUUUGUUUAAAUUCUCAAGGAACAAAUAAUUCAAAUGCUAUUUAAAUUGAUUUAGAGCAUAAAAAUAAACAGCUUCUAAUUUAUGAACCUCACAGUGGUGGAAAGUGCUAUUACUGCUGACAGAUCAUGGCCCUGGUAGGGAAGUUCUGAAGUGAAUUGUGGAAGAUUAGAUGAUGUAUGCUGGUGAAGGAAUUUUGAGGCUACAUUGUUCACAUGGUUAUAGGGAGUGUGAAGUAAUAUAUUAUUCUGGGUUUGAAUUAUAUUUUUCUAAUGACAGAUGACAUCAAGGAUCUUUUAUAUAUUUAUUAAUCAUUUGUAUGUCUAAUUUAGAGAAAUACAUAUUCAAAUUCUCUUCCCAUUUUUAAUUGGGGUAUUUGUAUUGAAGUUAGAUUGUUUAAAUGAUUCUGGAUAACAUCCUUGAUCAGAUAUACUAUGUGCAAAUAUUUGCUUCCAUUCUGUAGGUUGUUUCUUCCCUUUCUUUAUAGUUUCCUUUGAAGCAAAAAAGUUUUUAACUCUAAUAUGGUGGAAUUUAUCUUUCUUUUUUCUUUUUUUUUGCUCAUGCUUUUGAUGUCAUAACUAAGAAUCUAUUGCUUAAUCCAAGAUCAUGAAGAAUUUCCCCUAUGCUUUCUUCUAAGAGUUUUGUAGUAUUAAAUCUUACAUUUAGGUCUUUGAUCCACUUGAAUUAACUUUUGUAUGUGGGUUAAGAUAAGGGUCCAACCUUAUUCUUUUACAUGUGGAUAUUCAAAUGACCCAGCACCAUUUAUUGAAAGGAUUAUUCACUACCCCGCUGAAUAUUCUUGACACCCUUAUAGACAACCUGUUGACCAUAGACACAUGGGUUCAUUUCUGACCUCAAUUGUAUUCCACUGAUCUAUAAGCCUUUCCUUUUGCCAGUACACACUGUCUUGAUUAGUGUUGUUUGUCGCUGUUGUGUGUUUUUGAGACAGGGUCUCACUCCAUUGCCCAGGCUGGAGUGCAGUGGCACAAUGGGUCACUGCAACCUCUGCCUCUCGGGUUCAAACAAUUUGCCUGCCACAGCCUCCUGAGUAGCUGGGAUUACAGGCACCUGCUACCAUGCCUGGCUAAUUUUUGUGUUUUUAGUCAAGAUGGGGUUUCACCAUGUUGGCCAGGCUGGUCUUGAACUCCUGACCUCAAGUGAUCCACUCACCUUGGCCUCACAAAGUGCUGGGAUUACAGGCAUGAGCCACUGUGCCUGGCCUUGAUUAGUGUUGUUUUAUAGUAAGUAUUAAAAUUGGGAAGUGUGAAUUCUUCAAGUUUGUUCUUGUUUUUCAAGAUUGUUUUGGAUAUUUUGGGUCACUUGCAUUUCUAUAUACAUUUUAUAAUCUUGUCAAUUUCUAUAAAGAAACCAUCCAGGACUUUGAUAGGGAUUUUGUCUAAUCUACAGAUAAAUUUGGGGAGUAUUUCCAUCUUUAUAAUAUUAAGACUUCCAAUUCAUAAGCAUACGACUUUUUCACUCAUUAGGUUUUAUUUCAUUCCUAUCAGCAUUAAAAAAUUGAUAUUACUAUAAAUAGAAUUGUGUUCUUAAUUUCAUUUUUAGAUUUUGCAUUGCUAGUGCAAGGAAAUACCAUUGACUUGUUAUAUUUAUCCUAUAUCCUACAAGUUGUCUGGACUCAUUUAUUCGUCCCUAUAAUUUUAAUGGAUUUCUAUAUUUUUUAUAUAUGUUUAUUUUUUCUAUAUGUUUAUGUUUUCUAUGACAUCAUGUCA